AUGGGAACGCACUGCAAGAGCGAAAGCUUCCCCCAUCAGAUAGAUGAGGAGGCCACCGAUAGGCCCAGCCAAGAAGCAGGAUUUGUUGUGCGCGAGGGCCUGCAGGUGUCCCGGACGAAAGAUGAGUCGGCACAGGCAUCAGGCACUAGGGUGACAGGGCCUCCUGAGAAGGAACAGGAGGGAGCCCGGGGAGAGAGGCACGGUCCCCUCCCCGCCCCCAGGCCGCCGCCCCCUCCCUGCCCUCGGCGGCGAGCCGCGCGCCGCGACCCGGGCCAUAGGUGCGAGGGACUCGGGGCGGCCGGGCGGGCGCGCACGAUCCCCGCGGGCGGCGCGGAGCCGGCGACAGCGCGCAAGCCGAGCCGGACCUGGUGGUGGCGGUGGCGGUGGCGGCGGCGGCGGCGGCGGCGGCAGCGGCGGGACCGGGAUGGAAGGUUAAGUCCUGAGCAGCAGCAGCUGCAGCCGCUGGGGCCAGGCUGCGCGCCCCGGUCCCCGCCUCGGCCGCGGCGCGCCGGCAGCCCGGUGAUUCGCUCUCUCUCUUUGGCGUUUGAAGGGAGCGCGGUGACUGUCCUUGAGCGCGGAGGGGCGAGCUCGCCGCCGGAGCGCCGGAGCAAGAGGAGGUGCAGGAGCGGCGGCGGCGGCGGCGGCGUCGCCCGAGCACCCGAGGGGGUCCGAGCCCCGGCAGCCGGCCAGCCCCGCGCCACAAAGGGAGCGCCCCCGCCGCUUGGCACGCCACCUCCCUCCCCAAUGUCCUCAGCCAUCGAGAGGAAGAGCCUGGACCCGUCUGAGGAGCCAGUGGAUGAAGUGCUGCAGAUCCCCCCGUCCCUGCUGACAUGCGGCGGCUGCCAGCAGAACAUUGGGGACCGCUACUUCCUGAAGGCCAUCGACCAGUACUGGCACGAGGACUGUCUGAGCUGCGACCUCUGCGGAUGCCGGCUGGGCGAGGUGGGGAGGCGCCUCUACUACAAGCUGGGCCGGAAGCUCUGCCGGAGGGACUAUCUCAGGCUUUUUGGCCAAGAUGGUCUCUGUGCAUCCUGUGACAAGCGGAUCCGUGCCUAUGAGAUGACGAUGCGAGUGAAAGACAAAGUGUAUCACCUGGAAUGUUUCAAAUGCGCCGCCUGUCAGAAGCACUUCUGUGUGGGCGACAGAUACCUCCUCAUCAACUCCGACAUAGUGUGUGAACAGGACAUCUACGAAUGGACUAAGAUCAAUGGAAUGAUCUAGGCCCGAGUCCCCCAGCAUUUCUGAGGGGUGUUUCACUGAAGUCACUGUCUCCGUAGGGUCUUCACUCUUGGGCACUCUGGGGAUUGGAGGGUGGGAUGAGGCAUUUCUUAGGGGAUGGUGGACCCUCUCUGGGCACCAAGCCACAGCAUCCAAGUGACAUAAUACAAGGGACAAGACUUAACUAUGACAGGAUGAUCAGCCUUUAGGGAGAGCUUAUGGACAGUGGCCACCGCCUAUGCAUAGUCACUGAUAAGAUUAGUAGAGGAAAGGAGUGUUGGGCAGGCAGGCGCGUGCCAUCAUCCUAGAACUUCACACUUACGGAGAGGGACGUGUGCAAAGGACCUUGACCCUUGACAAUUAGAGAUGUGCAAUUGAUUUCUUUUCUUCCUGGCUUUUAUGACAGCCCUGCUCCAAUCACUGUCCUCCACACAAGGGAAGGACAGAGAGGAGAGUGGCCAUCCUUUCUUCUUGGCCACCUUCCCAAGGCCUUAAGCUUUGGACCCAAGGGAAACUGUGUGGAGACACAUUUCAGUUGAGAAUGGAAACUGCAACUUUUAACCAAACAAUUAUUUAAAGCAAUGCUAAUGAAUCACCGUUUUUAGACACCCUGGUUUUGAGGUGAGGAGUUCCACAGAUUGUUUCUAUACGAAUGUAAAUCUAAAAACAAAAGUUGUUCAACUAUUUUAUUAUCUUA